AUGACUACCAAAAGACAGAAAAAAGAGAGAAAACAAAUCAUUGUCAAUGCAUUUGACAUGGGAACCCCUGGUUUGCAAUCACCUGGGUUGUGGAAACAUCCAAAGGAUAAAUCAAGAGAUUACAACACAAUUGAGUACUGGGUAAAUCUUGCCAAACUAUUGGAAAAAGGAAAGUUCAAUGCCUUGUUCAUUGCCGAUGUGUUGGGGCCAUAUGACGUUUACAAUGGUCCUAGGAACUUGACUGCCGCAGCCAAAGCUGGUGCUCAAUGGCCCAUCAAUGAACCUAGUGCGGUAGUUCUGGCCAUGGCUGCGGUGACAAAGAACUUAUCUUUUGCUGUUACUUCAAGCACCAUUAGCGAAGCCCCUUACCAUUUUGCAAGAAGAUUGGCAACGUUGGAUCGUUUGACAAAGGGGCGCGUUGGAUGGAACAUUGUAUCAUCGUAUUUGGACAGUGCUAGCAGAAACUUGUUAAAUGGGGAGCCAUUGCCACCACAUGACGAAAGAUACGAAAAGGCUGAAGAGUAUUUGGAAGUGAUUUAUCAACUAUUUUUAUCUUCGUGGGCAGAUGAUGCGGUGCAAUUAGACUUGCAGAAAGGUGCUUUUUCCGACCCCCAAAGAAUUAGAGAGAUCAAUUACGAAGGAAAACAUUUCAAAGUCCCUGGCCCAUUUAUCUGUGAACCAAAUCCUUACCAAAGACUUCCGGUUAUAUUGCAAGCGGGUGCAAGUACUAAAGGUAUGGAAUAUGCAGCAAAACAUGCUGAGGCAGUAUUCAUAAACGGCAAUACUCCCGAGGGAUUAAAAUCAAAAAUUGACAAGCUCAACUCUUUGAUUAGGAAGCAUGGAAGAAACCCUGAUGAUGUGAAAAAGGUACAAUUGGUUACUGUCAUUGUUGCACCUACCUAUGAGGAAGCAGUUGAGAAGUUUAAAGAUUAUAAACAGUACGCUGAUGUCGAAGGCGCUCAAGCGCUUUUUGGAGGCUGGACUGGAGUUGAUCUUGGCCAAUACGACUGGGACCAAGAAUUGGAUCAGGUUGAAAGCAAUGCUGUUCGCAGUUUUGCUGAUAUGAUGAUCAAGCCCUUCCCAGGAGAUCCACCAGAUAUUAAAAAGACUAGGGGCUACAUUGCUAACAAACUUUCUAUUGGAGGAUCUGGUGUCUUGUUUAUUGGAUCUCCAACUGAUGUAGCAGACGAGAUUGAGAACUGGGUUGAUGUAGCUGGUGUUGAUGGGUUCAAUUUCACCUAUGCAAUCACACCUGGCUCAUUUGAAGAUAUUGUCGAUUUGUUGAUACCAGAGUUACAGAGACGAGGCUUGGUUUGGGACGAUUACCCCAAGGAAGAUUUGACUUUUAGAGAGAAUUUGUAUGGAAUUGAUAGAGAAGAUGCUACAUUUUUGAAACCAGAUCAUCCUGCUUAUAAUUUGCGAUGGAAGGAGGGUGAAACUCGACAAGAGUUUGAAGCAAAAUUGGAGAAGACAUUGAAGGAGAAUUUUGCUAGUAAGGAAGAGUAA